AUGGUACUUUUUUUAAAAAGGAAAAGCAUAACACUGGUGGGGAGGUCUUAUGAUAUAACAUCUGAUAUUUUUAAUUCAGCUCCUGACUAUUCUAAAAAUGCGCAUAAUGCCAUAAUAUCGUGCAAAAACGCACAUAGGAAGCCGCAAAACGAUGAAUUUAAAGCGCAACAUGAAUUCGACACUGCCAUAAAAAUUCUACACAGACUGCUCUAUCAGAAGUAUCGGAUGAAAAAUCACAUUCUCGGCAAGCUCAUGGCGUUCUUACCGUCCAUCAAGAUCCAAGAGUGCUUCUAUAACAAGACCCUAAAGGGGGAAAAACGUGCAUUAUUCAUAAAAAGCAUUCCACAAUGGAUAGUAGUCAUAACGAUAACGUCUUACUAA